GAUAACACUUCAACGAUCAGUAUCGUUGAAUCAUGUCAUCAUCGAUGACAUUCGUGACAUUCAAUGGCACGUGAAAUAGUAUGCCAUGGAUAAAGAAGUAAAUAUUCAUGACCUCAUGCACACAGAAGAAGCUAAAACAAUAUCUGGAUUUUUCGCCAUUUUAGAGGUAUUUUUUAAUCAGAAGCCGUGUCAUUCGUUAGAGACAAUUAAUUCAGAUUUUAUUGAUAAGGAUUUAAUAAAAGAAAUCAAAAGUUUAUCAAAUACUAUACCCAUAUAUUUUGGAAAAACUGUAAGAGAUAUCAAAUGCACGAUAAGUGAUGAACAUAAUCUUAGGAAACACGAUAUUUAUUUGAAAUAUAAAGGUGUUAAGAAGCUAGCUGUGGUUGCCGUGAAUCUACCUCAUUCUCACUUGCAAGAUAGAGAAUAUUCGUCGAUCGAAGAAGUCGUUUCUGCUUUUCAGAACUAUGUAAACAGUUUAGCUGAAUAUUUCCGUGAGUUAGAAAAUAUAGAUCUAAUGUGUAAUGUCAGGGAGCCUGUUAAGCCAACCUUCAAAGACGACUAUAGGAGAAUUUUAGUGGAUAAUAAAACAUGGCUUCAUAUAGAAGUAAGUUUUGAUGGCAGGCCAAGAAACGUGCACAUCAUUGGAAACUCUGAAAUAGGACAAGAUAAAACUAAAAAUUUUUUGUUAAAUUGGGAUCAUGACAAGAAUAUUGUUGAAAAUAUACAUUCUUUAUUUGGAGAACUCACUAAGAAUGGUGAUAACUGGGACACAGAACUUAUAGAAGUAAAAGCAGAUGAAGAGGUGACAUCCUGUUGUAUAUGUUUUUGUGUUGAACUACCAGAUUGUCCCGGAAUACCUCAACCAAUGUGUCAAAAUUCAAAGUGUGGAGCCUAUUAUCACAGAAGUUGCUUGUUUCAGUGGCUAGUUGCUUGUGAUGGUGGUCGUAUUCCUGCAUUUGGUGUUGCAAGUGGCAAUUGUCCUUCAUGCUUUCAACAUACAACUUGCCGUGAAAAGGAUAAUUACUAAUGUGGAUAAUUCCUAAUAACCUUUAAUGAAUUGUGAAGCAUAUUUUAUAGAGAGCUGAUGUACAUAUAUAUGAACAAAAUUUUGAAAAAUUGUAUAUUGGUUAUUAUUAUUCCUUAGCAUUAUAUAUUUUAUCUGUAGUGCGGCGACAUGUUUUAUAUUCUGUAAUUACAAAUGAAUAUAUGAAU